AUGAAGUUCCUGUCCUUUGUCGCCCUCGCCUCCAUGGCCAUGGCCGCUCCUGCCAACAAGAAGCGGGCCGACGCUCUUGACGUGCAGCUCGAGCAGAUCGGCAACACCGAGGUCCGCGCCGUCAUCAGCAACAACGGUGUGAACAACCUCAAGGUCCUCAAGACUGGUACCAUUCUUGACAGCAACCCUGUCGAGAAGGUCCAGGUCUUCCAGAACAGUACGUACGAGGAGGUCCCCUUUGAUGGUCUUCGUCUUCUCGUCUCGACCGAGAGCCUUGACGAGGAUGCCUUCCGCACCAUCGCCGCCGGCACCUCGAUCGAGGUGACGUUUGACAUUGCCGAGCUCCACGACCUCGCGGCCGGUGGCAGCUUUGACCUCGUCUCUGCUGGCGCCCUCCCGAUCGCCGAGGCUGACUCGACCACCAUCUCUGGUGUCGUGACCUUUGCCUCGAACCCUACCGUCGCCUCCGUCAAUGGUGCCGAGGCCGCUGCUGUCCGCCGCGCACUUGUGGACAAGCGCUUCGCCGUGCAGUCUGACUGCACCGGCACGCGCCUGACCACGGUGCAGAACGCGCAGUCCGUGUGCCGCACCCUGGCCACGGCAGCCCAGUCUGCGGCCAACUCGGACAAUGCGCGCAUGACCGAGUUCUUCAAGUCGUCGUCGUCGUCGACCAAGAGCACCGUCGCCACCGUCUUCUCGCGCAUCGCCAGCGCCUGCGGCUCCUCUUCGGGCCAGCGCCUGUACUGCUCCGACGUCUACGGAGCCUGCUCCAACGGCGUCAUUGCCUACACGCUGCCGAGCUCCAGCUACAUGGCGUACUGCCCGUACUUCUUCAACUCGAUGCCCCUGCGCGGCACGGGCUGCUACACCCAGGCCCAGGGCAACACCAUUGUGCACGAGGCCACCCACCUCACCCAGAUCAAGGGCACCUCUGACUACGGCGGCUACGGGUACAACUUUGUCCGCAGCCUCAGCGCCAGCCAGAACCUCAACCACGCCGACACCUACACCCUGUUCGCCCAGAGCAUCGCUGCUGGCUGCUAAGCGUCUCGCGCCGUUGGCGAGUGCUGGAAAUAUCUGGAAGGAAGGAUAAAACAAUUCUUGUAUCUAGUUAAACCUACUCACGCUGUCAAUACAUUCUCCCCAUCUCUUAAGCACUAGCGAGUUGAUUUGUACCGUCCGUUCGUCUGUGGGUUGUGACACUUGGAUCUGAGCACGAGAUGCACGGCUCCAAUGUUGUGAUUAAUUCCAAAUCCGAACACUAUUGACCCGUUCAUUUCGCAAGAAU